CGUGGAAGUCGUGGUUUGUGUGCGGCCUGGCGCGGGAGGCUCCGCCACCGGGAUCAGUAAGUGUGUGACGUCGGGGUAGGAGGGUGUGACCCAAAUUCCAACAGCUCUUUGGGGUGCUGCGAUCUCGCGGCCGGCCCUGCGCUCGAUUUUUCCCUCCUAGACAAAAGUCGGCGGGCGCCCGGUCGCGCCGGGGCGGGGAUCCGGAAGGUGAAGGCCGCCAGGCCCCACCGCAGGGCGCCCCAGCUGGACCCAGCAAUCGGGCGCCCUCAACCCGCUGAGCAGCGUGUUCCGGCUGGCACGUGGCCCGGGCGGGGCCCAUGAUUGGUUCAAGGCUACGGUGUUGGUCUCCGGAGGGUCUAGGGGGACGAGCAAUCCUCUGGAAUGGUGGGGGAAGCGAUGACAGCCCCCGGCCCUCAUCCUCCGCUUUGGGGAUGCGGGGGUGGGGCGGGGGGCAAGCGUUGCUCCCUGAGUGUUGGGGGGAGGGAGUGGGGAGAGGACCCUGAACUGGCCCCCGGGUUACCCAGGAGGAGCUGAGGCCCAGAGAGGUUCAGCGACUCGUCCAGGGUUGCACAGCGAGCACAGGCACCGACGUUGCCCUCUGGGGCCUGGGCUUCCAGCAGGCAGAGACGCAGACACUUGUCAUCGCUUCUUGGCGGAUCCCUGAAAUAUCAGACCUUCCAGCUCCCUGGACUUGACCUUCCAGCUGCCUCUCAUGUACUUGUCUGUUGGGGGUUUGUGUUGAUCAGGAGUGAAUUCACAGUCUACCAUGAACUGGAAGGUUCUUGAGCACGUGCCUCUGCUGCUAUAUAUCUUGGCAGCAAAAACAUUAAUUCUCUGCCUGGCAUUUGCUGGAGUGAAAAUAUACCAAAGAAAAAGGUUGGAAGCAAAACAACAAAAACUGGAGGCUGAAAGGAAGAAGCAAUCAGAGAAAAAAGAUAACUGAAGAUUCUGCCAUGUAAAUGUCAGCUUGAGUGGACUCCAGCUGAGAAGAAAGAGAAGAAAUACUUAAUUAUUGAAUAAAUUGUCAGAGGAUAAACUCCCAACCUAGACCUUGCAUUUACAAUAGUGUGAAUUUGUCCAUGUUUUUAAAGGAACCAGUCCUGGCCAGGUACGCUGGCUCUUACCUGAAACCCCAGCACUUAGGGAGGCCAAGGCAAGUGGAUCGCCUGAGGUCGGGAGUCUGAGACCAGCCUGGCCAACAUGGUAAAACCCCGUCUCUACUAAAAAUACAAAACUUAGCCGGGUGUAGUGGUGCACGUCUGUAAUCCCAGCUACUCAGGAGGCUGAGGCAGGAAUUCUCUGCUUGAACCCGGGAGGUGGAGGUUGCAGUGAGCCUAGAUCACACCACUGCACUCCAGCCUGGGCAACAGAGCAAGACUCCGUCUCAAAAAAAAAAAAAAAAAUUAAAAUUAAAAUUAGAAAAAUAAAUAAAAGAACCAGUAUUUUGUUUACUAAAAUAGAAUGCCUUUGUAAAAAAAAAGGUGUCGUGCCUUUGGAAUAAGUCAAAUUGUAUAUCUCUUUCUCUUUCUCUUACACAGCACCCUCCACCCCAUGUUGUAAAGGGGAGUGGUUUGUAAACCCACACCUGCCCCACCAUCUCAAGCUGGGGGUUCCCAGGUGAGAGGCUUCCACAGAGGACAAGGUGGUGCAGAAACAUCUGCUGUGGAGGUGGGGUCCCUAGCACUGGGUGCCUCAGCCAGCUACCCCCAACCCCAGGCCCCCUCAUAGGCUGCCCUCCGUACCCUCCUUUCUCCUCUUUUCCUCCCACAGGUGCCAGAACCCUGUGAGAGUGUUUCAGAGUGUUUUCAUUGUUAGGGUGGAGGGAGGCUGUGUGCGUCCAGGUGAGCUGGCCUCUGGGGGGAGUCGUGGGAGCCCACCUGUGUGCCUCAGGAGUCCAAGGCGGGGGAUCUGCUGACCAGUAGACACUCAUGUGCUAAACACAAGUGCUUUUGUAGGCUUUGGGAUUUAAAGCUACACUUUGGAAUUUGUGGAAGAUCUGGCCAUCUUGGAAAAUUAGGUAGAAGAUGACGUAAGGACUGGACUAAACCACUGAUCAUGCCAGCGGUGCCUACGGCUUUUCUGUUGUUUGUUUUUGUUUUUUUUUUUUUUUUGGAGAUGAGGUCUUGCUAUGUCCCCCAGGUUGGAGUGCAAUGGUAAAAUCAUAGCUCACUGCAGCCUCGAACUCCUGAGCUCAAGCUAUCUUCCCACCUCAGCCUCCCGAGGAGCUGGGACUAGGCCCUGCUAAUUUUUUUAUUUUUAGUUGAGACAAGGGUCAUGCUGCACUGCCCAGGCUGGGUGUAGGGUUUUUGUGAAGAGCGUUGGGAGUUUUGUUUUUGCUUUGUUACUUUUCCUAUACACUCUUCGACCACUAGGGGGAGAUGAUUAAUCACUAAUUGAAGGGAUUUUGUUUGUUUUUUAUGUUCUGAGUUUUUUCGUUUGUUUUUUUCAAUAAAGAAGGAGUUUAACUG